GCCCUACAACCACGGGAGGCGAACCCUGUUUCCCUGCGUGGCAGUGACCCUGGCUAUCCUGGCGGGCCCUGGGUUCGAGUUCUCCCCACUGCAGUGAGCAUCGCUCUAGACCCUGGUUUCUCGUCGCAACCAGCUGCCAGCACCGCUCCCUACACAUCGCCGGAGGGAACCCCGCUUGUGGGUCAGCAAUGCUCUCCUCUUCCAAGCCGCACGUCUCCCCAGGGGGGUCUCCGACCCCUUCUCCUCACAACUCGCCCAUCCUUUUCAAGAAAAUGAUGAUGAACCAAAGCAUCCGUCUCCAGCGGCGCUUCACCGUGGCCCACCCACCUUGCUUUGACAUUGGGAAUGGCUUUUCUCCGGCCCGCAGCCCCCUGGACCCCCAGGCCAACCUGGGCCUCGUCCUCCAGGGCACCACCCCACAUGGCCAACGCCGCGAGUCCUUCCUCUACCGCUCCGACAGUGACUAUGACCUCUCGCCCAAAGCCAUGUCCCGGAAUUCAUCCGUGGCCAGUGACAUGCAUGGCGAAGACUUGAUCGUGACCCCCUUUGCACAGGUCCUGGCCAGUCUGCGGACGGUUCGUAGCAAUUUCGCCCUCUUGACUCACUUACAACAGGAACGACUCGGAAGCAAGAGAACCCCGGGUGCAGGCAACCCCCCGUCCACGUCCAAGAUCAGCCUUUCAGACGAUGCCUCCCAAAAGCUGGCCAUCGAGACCCUGGAGGAGCUGGACUGGUGCUUGGACCAGCUGGAGACCUUGCAGACCCGGCACUCAGUCAGCGAGAUGGCCUCCAACAAGUUCAAAAGGAUGCUCAACAGAGAACUGACACACCUGUCGGAAACGAGCCGCUCCGGAAAUCAGGUGUCUGAGUACAUUUCCAACACUUUCUUGGACAAGCAACAUGAAGUGGAAAUCCCGACCUCGGUCCCUAAAGAGAAAGACAAGGAGAAGAAGACGCAGCCAAUGUCACAGAUCAGUGGGGUGAAGAAGCUCAUGCACAGCUCCAGCUUCAGUUGUGCGGCCAUCCCUCGCUUCGGGGUCAAGACAGACCAGGAGGGGUUGCUAGCCAAGGAACUAGAAGACGUGAACAGGUGGGGUCUGGAUGUGUUCAAGAUCGCUGAAUACUCCGGCCACCGGCCGCUGACGGUCGUUAUGUACAGCAUCUUCCAGGAACGGGACUUGCUGAAGUCUUUCCACAUCCCGGCUGACACCUUCAUCACGUUCAUGAUGACGCUGGAGGACCACUACCACCCUGAUGUCGCCUACCACAACAACGUCCACGCAGCUGACGUGGCACAGUCCACGCACGUCCUACUCUCCAUGCCUGCUCUGGAGGCGGUCUUCACUGACCUGGAGAUCUUGGCGGCCAUCUUUGCGGCGGCCAUCCACGACGUGGACCACCCCGGCGUCUCCAACCAGUUCCUGAUCAACACCAAUUCGGAACUGGCUCUGAUGUACAACGACGCAUCGGUGCUGGAGAAUCACCACUUGGCGGUGGGAUUUAAACUCUUGCAAGAAGAAAACUGUGAUAUCUUCCAAAACCUCUCCAAGAAGCAACGGCAAAUGAUUCGCAAGAUGGCGAUUGACAUGGUCCUGGCUACGGACAUGUCAAAGCACAUGAAUCUUCUGGCUGAUCUGAAGACAAUGGUAGAGACCAAGAAGGUGACCAGUUUGGGGGUCUUGCUUCUGGAUAACUACUCUGACCGCAUCCAGGUCUUGCAAAACAUCGUGCACUGCGCCGACCUGAGCAACCCAACCAAGCCGCUGGAGCUGUACCGCCAGUGGACGGACCGAAUCAUGGUGGAGUUCUUCCACCAGGGAGACCGGGAGCGGGACAAAGGCAUGGAGAUCAGCCCCAUGUGCGACAAGCACAACGCCUCCAUAGAGAAGUCCCAGGUGGGAUUCAUUGACUACAUCGCCCAUCCCCUCUGGGAAACCUGGGCUGAUUUAGUCCAUCCGGAUGCUCAGGAAAUCCUGGAUACUCUCGAAGACAACCGGGAAUGGUACCAGAGCAUGAUUCCCCACAGCCCCUUGCCACCCCCUGACGAGCCCGGUUCCGAGGCGGGGGGAGCAGUCCCUGAUAAAUUCCAGUUCCAGCUCACCCUGGAGGAGGAAGACGGAGAAGAAUCGGAGACGGAACAGGAGACGGAGAGCCCCCUGGAGGAGGACAACAGCGAAUCCAAAACCUUGGGGACCACCGACGACUCCGAAUCGGCAAAUGAACUCCUGGCCUCCCCCGCAGACCAACCGAGCAGCCCCCCCAGGAAUACCCUGGUCAAGCAGAAGGAGGCGUUGAACUUCGAUAACCAAAGGACGCUCUCGCAGAGCAACAGCGGUUCGGCGUUGACUCCCGCCAAGCUAGUGAAGACGGGGAGCGCCGGAGAGACGGAGCAGUGUCUUGACAAAGAAGGGAACAUUACCUUUUUGCCCCUCGGGACGUAGUGAGGGCGAGGCACUGUUGCCGCUCCAUUCUGGCGGGGCUGGGAGAGGGGGAGAUGUCCAGUAGGCUACCCCCAAAGGUCUGGUCACCAAGGGUAAGCUCUGAUUCUACUCCCCGUUGCAAGGGAGCGCAACUGUGGAUUUUCCCUCCCCCACCAAGUUUGAGGACA